AAGAGAUCGAGCGUUCUACAAUCUGCCUUCGUCGAAUGAAGGGCCAAACCUCGCGGACCGCUAUACCGAUAAAGCUGCAUGUGGAGAUGUCCAAUUACAUACUAACGGCUUCUUUCUGAAUUACUACGAAGAUAGAUAAGAGCUUUCGGUCCCUUCAUCAUUAAAUAUUGGCCAGUCAUUGACUCAAGACGGUUUUUUUUCUCUCCUAUAACUACACGCUCUCAAAGUGGCUAGAGUUGCAGUAGCAUGGCUAAAUUCCAGCUAGAAAUUGCUCUUGCUUUUGCAGUACUCAUCGCUGCUAGUCUGUUUCAUCUUGUAAUCAACCGUCAGAAAGACGGGAAGAUUCAUUUGCCUGUUAAUGCCACUGAGUCCGAACAGUCACUGCCAGAUGCAUUCGAUGUAACCACCACUGAGGACUUUUUGGAAGGAUAUCCAAUUGACGAGGAAAUUUUUUGGAAAAAGUUGCGUAUCAGAAAAGGCAUAUUAUGUUUUUUGUUGGUCGUCAUCUUGGUUCUGCAAUCAGUGCAAUUAGGCCUGUCUGUGUCUGGCGGGCAUGGUGAACUGGCAGAACGUCUGAUCAACAUUUGCUUUGCGGCGUACCUUACAAUUCUCUCCGCACGCUCUGUCCGACAGGACAAUGUCGAGCUCAACUCCCAGUCCAUUGUUCAUCUCACUGUGUUACUCACCGUCGCUUCUGUUGCCCUUGGUGUUUCUGCGAUACUUCCAAACACACCUCCCUUAACUGCCUUCGAGUACUCUGAAGAGGCAAUCUCACAGUCAACCAGAAUAUGGUACGCCUCUGUAUCACUGUACGUCGUGGCUUGCUUCAUUGCGUUUACAACACCCCGCGGACCAUCACUGCACUUUCCUUACGACUCCAUCUAUUCCGAAAAGACCGUUUCUGCAAGGACCAAUACGGAAAAGGAGAAUGUUACUGGUGUCUAUGGUGCUUCAUGCUGGGGUUACCUCUAUUUUACAUACUCAACCAAGGUUGUUAUGCUCGGAAACACCUCUGAAAGCCUUGAGAUCGCAGAUUUGCCUAUCGUUCCAGCGAACAUGCGCGCAACGGUCAAUUAUUUCGAAAUGAAAAAAGCAAUGCAACGCUAUAAACUGAAGAUUGGGUCCUGGAGGCCGAGAAUAGGAUCGGGUUGGAAUGUUGGAUACACUCUCUUCAGGUACAACCUGGGGAUUAUAGCUAUUCAAUUCUGGAUUGCUGUGGCGUCGGCAAUAUUGUUUUAUGCGCCAGCAAUGUUCAGUCGUAUGCUUAUCGCCUACUUGGAAAUGGAUCCAGAGAGGAAGGACAGAGGCUGGGGAUGGGUGUAUGUGGUAGGAAUGUUCUUAUCGAACAUAAUAGGGUUCUUUACUUCUGCUCAACUCUGGUCAAUAUCAACAACCACCUUGCAAACUCGUUUCCGUAUUCAACUCAGCACCAUCCUAUUUGCUAAAACACUCAUUCGUAAAGACUCAGUGUCAUCCACACCUCCAAAAAAAGAUAAAGACCAGGAUCGAAAAGCCUCUGAAAAUAAAAGUGACGAAGACGAUGAUUUCACAAGCAAGGCACAGAUUAUGACGCUCAUGACAACGGAUACCGACAGGCUCAGCGAAUUUGCAUGGCAUUUUUUUGCUCUGGUUGAUUCGCCGAUAGAGCUCGUCGUCGGUACGAUUUUUUUGUACAGAUUGCUUGGUGUCUCUUGCUUUUUUGGGCUGGCUGUAACAUGUCUCUUUUUACCAUUGAAUCAUUUUGCUGGAAAGGUCGUCGUGGGCGCCCAAGAUAAUUUGAUGAAGGCUCGUGAUGAACGUAUUGCUUUGAUGAACGAGAUCUUGGGUGGCAUCAGAAUGUUGAAAUUUAUGGCCUGGGAACGAAGCUUUGAAGCUCGUGUGAUGAAAAUACGGGACAGGGAGCUCAGGUACCAAAGGCUCAACUAUAUCAUCGAGACCUGCUUUAAUGCUAUCUGGAACGCCACACCGAUUCUAGUGACAUUGGUGUCGUUCUGGCAUUUUACAGUCGUGAGAGGAGAGGAUCUGACUCCUUCAAUUGCCUUUACCUCCAUCAUGGUAUUCAGCGAGCUCAAGUUUGCUUUGAACGCUCUUCCCGAAACAUUCAUCAACAUGCUCCAAGGUCUCGUCUCCAUGCGCCGUAUAGAAAAGUACCUCAACACUGCAGAAAUCACACCAGUGCCGCCUCUUAGCGAGCAACCUCAACAUAUCGCCUUCCGAUCUUGCACUGUUACCUGGCCACAGGAUAGAAGUGGAGGUGACUCGAGCAUACCUCCUUCUGUUGCCUCGACACCUAGGCAAAAAUUCGUUCUCAUUGAUUUGAACUUGAGAUUUCCCACUGGGGAGCUCUCGCUUGUGUGUGGGAAGUUAGGGUCUGGAAAGACACUUUUGUUACUUGCCUUGUUGGGCGAAGCUGAUAUAUUGACUGGUCAAAUGUUUUGCCCACGCUCCCCGCCAAAUAUCAUGACAAUGUUCAAUACGAUUGGUACAGGAGAAGACUGGAUUAUCCAAGGGGUAUGCGCGUACGUUCCCCAAUCUGCUUGGCUCCGAAAUGCUUCCAUCAAAGACAAUAUUUUGUUCAAUUUGCCUUACAAUGAGGAACGCUAUCGCAAGACUUUGGAGGUUUGCGCUUUAGUGACAGAUAUGGAUAUCUUAGAGGAUGGAGAUGAGUCAGAGAUCGGAGAACGUGGCGUUAACCUGUCUGGAGGUCAAAAAGCUCGAGUCUCCCUGGCCCGUGCAGUCUACUCUCGGGCAUCCAUACUGUUGCUUGAUGAUGUUCUCUCUGCUGUUGACGCCCAUACUGCACAUCAUCUCUACCACGAGUGUCUCAAAGGAGAACUCAUGAAAGGUCGUACUGUUAUCCUGGUCUCACACCAUGUCCAACUCUGCGCACCUAGUGCCAACUACAUCGUCGCACUUGAUAACGGACGCGUUCAAUUCGAGGGCACUCGGGAAGCAUUCCAAACAUCUGGUGUUAUCCAUACCCUGAUGCAGUCAACAAUCAAUGAGACAGGUGACGAAAAGGAGGAACAAGCCAUCGAGGAAAUCCCCGUCCCAAGUUCGCAAAGUUCUGACAGUGAUCCAAGUUCUGAGACGACAACUAUCGCUCCUACCCCUGCGACAGUAAAAAUGGACAAAAAACCUGCGAGGAAAUUGGUUGAAGAAGAAAUGAGAGCUGUCGGGCGUGUCAGUAAAACUGUUUGGCUUACUUACGUUCGUGCAUGUGGAUCGUAUUGGUAUUGGAUCCUAUUUGCAGUAGCCUAUAUCAUUGCAGCACUUAGCCCUGUGGCAGAAAACGGAUGGCUGAAAGUAUGGUCUGGUUCAAUUUCUGACGGAGACCAUCAAAAAAGUCCGACUUAUUAUAUCGGUAUCUAUGCCUUAGUCACAUUUUUAGGUUUAAUCAUCACCACCACCCGCUGGAUUGUGCUUUACAGCGGGUCCAUCCACGCCUCUACCGUUCUAUACAAACGACUUUUGGAGACCGUGCUCUUCGCAAAUAUGAGAUUUCACGAUACCAUAUCUCGUGGGCGGCUGCUGAACCGUUUUGGUAAAGAUUUCGAAGGCAUUGAUAGCAAUCUUUCCGACAAUUUUGGACGUUCGAUACAAUAUGCCCUAUCGGCAGUCGCUACAUUGAUUAGUGUCAGUGUCGUUGGAGGACCCCCGUUUGUGUUUGCUGCAUUAAUUCUAGGUGUCGUGUAUUGGAAUGUUGCGAAAGUAUACGGUCAAACAUCCCGCGAUAUGAGGAGAUUAGAUUCUGUCACCAGGUCGCCACUUUACUCGAUCAAUGGGGAAACCAUUGCUGGAGCGACUAUCAUUCGUGCUUUUGGGGCGUCAUCAAAGUUCCUUCGGGACAUGCUCCGUUGUUUGGACACUAAUGCCAACCCGUACUAUUGGAUGUGGGGCGUCAACAGGUGGUUGUCCAUCAGGUUCAACGUUUUGUCUUCGUGUAUUCUGGGAGCGAUUGCUUGCAUCGCUGUUUUCAACCCUGCCAUCAGCGCUUCCUUUGCCGGAUUCUCCAUUGCGUUUGCGAAUACAGUCACGAACGAUUUACUCUUCAUGGUUCGAAGAUUUGUUGGAUUGGAGCAAUCUAUGGUGGCCCUUGAGCGUGUUAAAGAAUUUUCCGAAUUAAAACGUGAAGCACCCGAGUUUAUCGAACCCCGUCCUCCUGCGUCGUGGCCCGCUACCGGUGCGAUCAAGUGUGAAGAUCUGGUGAUACGCUAUGCUCCUGAAUUACCCAAUGUUUUGCACAAGCUAAACUUUGAUAUUCGUCCUGGAGAAAAGGUCGGAAUUCUUGGUCGGACAGGGAGUGGGAAGAGUACCUUGGCGUUGUCGUUUUUCCGAUUCGUCGAAGCAACCGAGGGACGGAUAUUAGUGGAUGACAUUGACAUUGCAAACGUUGGACUUACAGACCUUCGGUCCAAACUCACCAUCAUUCCUCAGGAUCCAACUAUUCUCUCCGGCACAUUACGCUCAACAUUGGAUGUAUUUGAUGAAUAUGAAGAUGUAGAAAUUUUCGAAGCUUUGCGCCGUGUUCAUUUAAUCCCAGCCUCUGAUAUUCCCGAUGAGGACGUAGCCACUGUGAACGCCAACAUCUUUAGAAACCUUGAUUCUGCCGUGUCAGAAGGUGGUGAAAAUUUCUCAACGGGAGAGAAACAGUUACUAUGCAUGGCGCGUGCAAUAUUAAAACGGUCGAAAGUUUUAGUCAUGGACGAGGCAACUGCUAGUGUCGAUUAUGCCACGGAUGAGCUGAUCGGCAAGACUAUAAGACAAGAAUUCGCUGAUAGCACCAUUCUUACUAUCGCUCACCGACUAAGAACAGUCAUUGAUUACGACAGGAUCAUGUUAUUAGAUCAAGGACGUAUCGUGGAAUUUGAAAAGCCGCAGGUCCUACUCAACGACUCUACCUCAAAAUUCCAUGCUCUGUGUAGAGCAACUGGAAAGGAUGAGUUCUCUACACUCAAGAAACUAGCGGGUCUUUGAAAGGACACAUGCUGGGAAGAAUAUUAUAUACAUAUGAUGCUUGUUUGAUCUAUAACCCGAAGUGAUUUCAUUCACGGAAUAGACA